UCCGGUGUCAUGGCGGGCUGAGGUUCCAGCAGUUGGUGAGGCGGCUGCAGGUCCCUCCCUGCGGAGCCGCUGGUCCGGCGGGCGGGGAUGUGACCGCGGGCCCUGCCGGCCUGCCCCGGGCGUCGCGUCAGCUCCCGUGUCAGUGCCCUCAGUCUACGCGAUGGCGGGGUCCGGCUGCGCAUGGGGCGCGGAGCCGCCGCGGUUUCUGGAGGCCUUCGGGCGGCUUUGGCAGGUACAGAGCCGCCUGGGCAGCGGCUCCUCGGCGUCGGUGUAUCGGGUGCGCUGCUGCGGCACUCCUGGCUCGCCCCCUGGCGCCCUGAAGCAGUUCUUGCCGCCCGGAACCACCGGGGCUGCGGCCUCAGCCGCGGAGUAUGGUUUCCGCAAAGAGAGGGCGGCGCUGGAGCAGUUGCAGGGUCACCGGAACAUUGUGACUUUGUAUGGAGUCUUUACAAUCCAUUUCUCUCCAAACGUGCCAUCACGCUGUCUGUUGCUUGAACUCCUGGAUGUCAGUGUUUCGGAAUUGCUUUUAUGUUCCAGUCACCAGGGUUGUUCCAUGUGGAUGAUACAGCAUUGUGCCAGAGAUGUUCUAGAGGCCCUUGCUUUUCUUCAUCAUGAAGGUUAUGUCCAUGCAGACCUCAAACCACGCAACAUAUUGUGGAGUGCAGAGAAUGAAUGUUUUAAACUCAUUGACUUUGGACUUAGUUUCAAAGAAGGUAAUCAGGAUGUAAAGUAUAUUCAGACAGACGGGUAUCGAGCUCCAGAAGCAGAACUGCAAAAUUGCUUGGCCCAGGCUGGCCUGCAGAGUGAUACAGAAUGUACCUCAGCCGUUGAUCUGUGGAGCUUAGGAAUCAUUUUACUGGAAAUGUUCUCAGGAAUGAAACUGAAACAUACAGUCAGAUCUCAGGAAUGGAAGGCAAACAGUUCUGCUAUUAUUGAUCACAUAUUUGCCAGUAAAGCAGUGGUGAAUGCCGCAAUUCCAGCCUAUCACCUAAGAGACCUUAUCAAAAGGUACAUUGCACGUACUUUAAACUUGCUUUGGGUACGUUUACUAUAUGAAGCAUUUCUUUUACUGAAUGGAUUUAUAUUAAUAUUUCUGGUUUGCCUGAUCAUGCUCUUUCUGGCAGAUGUUGUAGAAGAUGUCAAAGAGGAGUGUCAGAAAUAUGGACCAGUGGUGUCUCUGCUUGUUCCAAAGGAAAAUCCUGGCAGAGGACAAGUCUUUGUGGAGUAUGCAAAUGCCGGUGAUUCCAAAGCUGCUCAGAAGUUACUUACUGGAAGGAUGUUUGAUGGGAAGUUUGUUAUGGCUACAUUCUACCCACUGAGUGCCUACAAGAGGGGAUACCUGUAUCAAACCUUGCUUUAAUCAGUAACCUAAGGACUAUUUCCUCUUUCUCCUCUUCCGUUUCCUGGAUUAUUGUAUUCCACAUUUGAAUGCAGAAGUACCUCUCAACCAUUUAAAAGGGGUACUUUGUACAUUUAUUUAAUCCUACUAAUGUGCAGUCAUUGCCCAGGCAGGGGCUGCAUUGCAGACGUUUGGCACUGAUUAGGACAAGACCUCUCAGCUAUACAUUGAGGGGUUCUAGAGCAUCCAUGUGGGCAGCCUUCUUUGUGCAGUAGGACAGGUGCUGCUCUUCAGUAUGUAACCUAAAACGAUACUAUUUCUUGUGAUCACGAAGAAGCAAGGAUGACUAAUAUCAUGUCAUAGUGAAUAUUACUAACAGAUUUGUUAAAGUUGGUGACAUCACUUAGAGAUUAUUGCUUUAUGUUGUCAGGUGGUUCUUAUCGUUGAUCUCCAUAGCUGGCACUGGAUUCUCUCAGCAAUGUUAAGUAAUUGUCAAACAGCAAUUACCUACUGUGUUCUUAGCACAGAGUUGUGAAUUUUGUUAAAAGGAGUACUGUAGUCCUGAAUAUUCCUUUAAAGAAACUGCAGUGAGCCUAUCUACAUUUUUUUUUUUAAUUACAGCUUUUAAAAUAGAAGCUGAUGCUUGAUCUUGCACAAUUUUUAUGUUUAGUAUGUAUGCUCGAGUGUGUGUGCAGGUGCGUGAGAUUAGAGAAAAUUUGAGUCAGCAUACUUUAUAGUAUGAGUUUUGUGAGCUAAUACAGUCUAUACCCAUCUUUUCCCUGCCUGUUUCAUACCUGUAAGUUUUUGAGAGAUGAUCUGUCUGAUACAAAUGACAAAACAGUUCAUUCCUUAGAGACUCAGAACAAACAUGAGUCUGGACUUUUGGGGGUUGCGUUGAAACUGAAAGUGAAUCUGAGAAACAGAAAAGGCUUUGCUACCCAUGACUUGCCCCGUCCUUCAGUCUACUGGAGCCCCGGUUGUUUCUACUGACCGUCCUGCGAUCGUCAGAAGAUUCAUUGAUACAUAGUUCUCACUUCCCCUGCCCCAAUUUUCUGCCUCUUUAUCCCUAGUAGAAUGAGAAGCUAGAGGACCAGCGUCGCAGUUGGGCUGGCUUUUGGCUGCGAGGAGGUUUAGAAAGUGGAAUUAGAAAGGAAGGGAAACUCGAAGAACUCUUAAAAAGAUUCAUAGCAAUCUCAUGCUUUCCUGAGCAGAGGAUGUCACAGGUGGUUGUAUAGUUUAGAGACUUAUGAUUAUGGAUUCCUUUCACUUUAUGGUAGUUUACCCUUAAAGUAUAAAAAUUAGGACACCUUUAUAAAGCACUGAUUAUACAAAAAAAACCAACAACAAGUUGUAUAAAGGUUUUGAAUUCUUUUCUGCUUCCUAACCUGAACGGGAUUUUUAUUUUCUUUAAGGAAAAUGUCUUUUAUAUUUUUCCCUGCUGGAAGCCUCCUCCUCCCAUUGUCUUUCCUCGUGUGCUGUUAGGUUACGGAGUGGCCAGUUAGAAUUUAUGUUUUAGAAGAUGAAUUAUUUCACCCUGUUCAAGCCAAUCACUAUUUUAUUUCAGUUGCAUUUGUCAAAACAUCCAAGAGUCUCCCUUAAUAUUUAUUAUAAAGCCAAAUUUGGCUUAAGAAAGUUUAUUUAUGAACUGCCAAAAGGCCUUGUAGCAUGGUCCCCAAGGGAAAAUUAUAUAGUAAGCUUCCAGUGUGUGCCCUUAGAAGAAUGAUUUUAUUUUAGCCCCUUUAGAGGUUGGUUAGUUGGUAUAUUUUCCAAUAAGAAUUCAUGAGAGUCUACCCAGUUUUGUGGAGACCUAAGCUUUCCUAAAACAAGUGUUUGUAUGGGUGGCAGCUUCCAUGGUGAUUAGAAACACCAGAUCCUAUAUACUGAUGAACAGAGUACAAAUGAAUUCUUUGAAGGGCGAGUAGUUUAGGUUAAGGGAGCACUGGUGGCACAGUGAUUAAGCGCUCAGCUGCUAAACGAAAGGUUGGUGGUUUGUACCCAUCAGCUGCUCCACGGGGGAAAGAUGCAGCAGUCUACUUCCGUAAAGAUUUACAGCCUUGGAAACUGUGGGGCAGUUCUACUCUGUCCUAUAGGGUCACUGUGAGUCAGGACUCGACUCACCCGCAGUGGGUUUUUUGGAAUCUAGAUUAGCACAUGUACCUUUCUCAUCCCGUCUCCAUCACCACCACCACCACCAAAAAAAAAGUCUUUACAAAUAAACUGCAGGUAUGCCUCCAAGAUUAGUGAUGCAGUAUGCUGCUAACAUCUUGAUGCUGAAUUUCACAGCCGCCUUUGAUCAUCUUACCGCUGAUAUAUUCAUAUGUGUAUGUAGUGUUUAACACUGUAGAAUUUUAUUACAGAAGAUGCUUACUAGAUUUUAGGGAAACUGAGGGGCAGUUAAUGAACUUAAGUAACCAUGCAUUAAAAUGAAUAUUUUAUAUUAGAGCUGCAGAUUUGAAAAAAGAUGCCUCCUAUAAUUUAAGUCAUUUUAUAGCUCUUAGCCCAUUAUUGCCAAAGAUGAAACUUGCAAAGUCUCCCUUCCUACUCUGAUGUAAUCAGAAGUUUAUAUCUUACUGUCUUUCUUAAACCUGAACCAAAUAUUAUCAAAAGAUGCAAUUUUCCUGAUUCUUUAGGAUGAAAUAUCUAGACAGGAAUUUUGAUCCCUUGAAGUUAAUGUAAACCUAGACAUUUUCUUUUUGAGAGGCAGGGUGAAGAGGUAAAAAUUCACGUCACUUAACCCCUACCCUCUUGGGAAAAUAUUUAUCUCAGGUAGUUUUUCUUUCCCUAAAUUAAUACUUGUUCUUCCUUUCCUCUUGCCUUCCCAAUUUCUUCUUUAUUAUUCCAUGGUAUCUCCAUGGCACAUUUUACUGUAGAAAAGGUAGAUAAAGUGAUUAUAGAAAAUCUUUGGUCUUUGGAACACCAUACUGAGAAGAGGUAGCUAGCCACUUCCAAAACUUUAGUACUACACUUAGAGGGAAAGAAUAAAUGGAGUUAGAUCUGGAUACCUCAGUAAGAGACAGCACUAGCUAAAAUAGCUAAAGGUUGCAUUUUAAAGGAAUUAAAAAAAAAAAAAUGUAUCCUUCUGCAAUAAUAGCUCUGCAUUUAUUACCACUGGAUGUCUUCCUUGUUUUACGGCCAUCAGUAUAGCAAGUCUUUCUAGAGAAAUUCCCUUCUGCUAUUGAGCCAACACUCUGAACGAUUACUAUAGAAUAAAACCCAUAAAAAUAGUUUUACUCACCCUCUUGUGUGUGUUCUCGUUGAGACAAGAAUUGCCUCCUUUUGGUACUUUAGCUGCUAAAGAGUACUGAGAUAUGAUAAAUUACCUUUUAUAAAAAAAGAACUCUGAAUUCUCAUUUAACUUGCAUAUAGACCCAUGUUACUUAUAUUUUAAUUGUUGAGCAAAUGUAUCAUAAGCAAUGCUGCCAGAAGUAGUGCUGCCAUCUAAAGGAAGUUUAAGAGAAACGAUGGAUGUAAGGUUUGUUUCUGUCUUGCCACACUUGUUCUCCCAGAAAAUUACUUACCCUGGUAAGGGCAUCAGUUAUCUUUCUGGGAUGACUUGAAGGCAGAGUGAUAGCAUUCAUCACAGAGAAUGCUCUUUCAGAGUUCAUUUGAGUUCAUUAACCAAUUACAGCUAACUAUAAAGUUUGGGCAUCAUUUUCUUCUUAGGUCUUACGUUCUGACUUUUAAAUUAGGCCUAGCCUUCAUAAUUUCUACUAUCAGUUAUACUGGGCAGCAUGAUAUUGUAUUUUUUAUAAUUAAUUUCUUGAAACUCAGCACCAUAGUAACUGAUAAUCAUCACAACAACAUAGUCACCGGGCGGAGGAUCGGGAGAGACCUCUAUACCCAAGCGUUUUACCUAGAAUCUUGUGCCAGGGUGCGUGCUAGGUGACUUAAUUCAGAUUAGGGCACAGAUGGAAUCACAUCAUGACUUUAGUCUGGUGCAUGUGUAGAUAGUCAAAGAUUUAUGCAAGUGCCUUCUGUUUACUGGAAAAUAUUAAAACUCAUUUGGGUGAAAGCUUCCCAGAUGGUAAUAAUUAAUUGCACCUCUGCCUUUUCCAUGGAUAGAUUGACUCAAGCAGUAUAAAAGUCCAAAAUUUCCUUGGUUCACAUUUUGUGUGUAUGUGUGUGUGUAAAACUGUUUGUAUUUUAUUUUUUCCAAUAUUACCCAUGAUGGAAAGCCAGAAUUAUCUGGCAGAAUCUUAACCCUUGGUUCUAGUUCCAUUUUUAAUAUCAGGUUCUUUCUGCAAAUCUUAUUCCACUAUCUCUCUGAUAUCAUUUAUUUAUUUCUCGUCAAGUGUGGUCACAUACAGACCAGCCCUCGGUUACAAUUAGCUCAAAAAAUGUUCCAUUUCCUCUUAAGGUGCUCAGUAAAUCACCUUUAUUGUGAGAUGGUAGUCUUUCAAGUUAGUAUUAGUUCUUAGCUUUCUCCAUGAAUAUAAAAAUGUUCAGCCUCCAUAAUAUGGAACUCAUCUGAGCCUUUUGUGGUAUAUUUGAGUAAAUUACAUUUUCAUUGUCAUAGAGAACCGUGGCUAUUUUUGUUUUUGGAAUAUCCAGAAUUAUGGAGAUUUUGUUUUGUUUUAGCUUACCUGAUACCACAGAAUAUAUCACGUUUAUUAUCCCAGUCACCUUCCCCACAUUGUUUUUCACUAUUUUUUAAAUUAUAUGAUGACCGGUAGAUUCUCACAGUGGCAUGUAAUUGAAAAGUACUAUGGAUAUUUAAGAAGAAAGGAAACAAUUUUAACUAUUUUUAUUGUAAUUUUAUAGAAGAAAUGGCCUGUAAAAGAAAUGUCUGUAAACCAGAAAGCAUUUGGGAAAUUUUAUAUUUUAUAGGUGGUGAUUCAGGUGACCUUCAGCGUAUAAGAUAGAUCAGUAGUUUACACAACCUUCGUUCUCCUGAUGAAGUUUUUAUUCAUUUUCCUACAGCUGAGCACUUUGUUGUUCCCUUUGCUGCUUAUAUGAGGAUUAAUACUUUAAAUUUGCUUUAUUUGUGCUUUUCAGAGGGUUGUCAUAAUCAUGGCAGUUGUGUUUGUGGCGUCAGAAAUUCUGCUAUCGAAUGAUUGCCCGAGUGUUAUUUCUCGUUAAAUACGGUGGCUGUCACAGUACUCUGAAGAAAAAAGGAUGAUGAUUUUGAAAGCCAUGUAUAUUUUAUGACCUAGGUUCAUAGUAAUUUUAAUUUAAGGGCAAAGGGAAGUAGUCUGUCUUGUUUGCCCUGUGUGACCAUUAAUCCUUAUUGUGCAGAAGAGAACUUAUUUUGUUAUAACAAAAAUAAGUCACAUUCUGGAAAAAAAAACAAGCUGGACUAGCUAUUUUUUGUUUGCUUGGUUGGGUUUUUUUUUUUUUUUUUUUUUGGGGGGGUGGAGGUGGGGAUCCUCUACAUAAGAAUCAGAGCUAUUUGCUACCAUAAGCUCUUGAUUGUUGGCAAAAGAAUUAUUUGUAUUCACUUUUUAUCCCAGAUUGAAAUUGCCUUCCCCUUCUAAGUUAUCUUCCUUUACUAAUACUGGUGAUAGCAGGAACAGUGAGCUUGUAAAAGCAAGUGUAAUGAGGUAUUCUAAAAUCGUGCAUAUGUGGAGUCAGAAUCUCUUCAGUUAUUUGAAUUAUCUAUAGCCAUAUUAUUUUAUUAGCACUGGUUGUCAGAAGUCUGCCAGAUUUAAGAGUAGAGAGGAGAGAGAGAAUGAAAAUAGCGAGAUGCGGGAAAGAAAAUGGCUUCCUUUCUUACUACUAUUAUAUAAUCUAAAAAUGAUAUUUAUUUUUUAAAAUCCAGGUGUGGUACCUGUAGCAGAGAAACAUUGGCUUCCUACACAUCCCUCAUUGUUCUCCUAGAAAAUUACUGUAAAAGCUUAUGAAACCAAAUUAAAUGCCCAUGUUCCGUUUGGCCUAAUUUUUAAAAACAUUUGAACUCCAGCUUUUGUGUGUUUGGUGUACAUCAGCACUCAUGCCGAUUAAGGUCAGAAAGAACGGGAUUAACCAUCUCCGUGUUUGCAUUUGCCCCUUGGGUACAGUAGGUGGCAUUAGUAUGAACUAGCUGCAGAGUUACAGCACCUUGUGGAAGUAAGUGGUGUUUAUUUAUUAUAACAAGAAAAAGUGAAGCUCCAUCUCUGUAAAAUAUUUACUUUGCAGACUAUAAAACUGUUGGAUCUUUUCUUGCAGGAUUUACUUGUCGAUUCUUAAUUCCUUUCUUUGAAAAAUCUUAAAUAAUUUAAUAUUCCUUUAUAUCCUCUUAACGUUGUCAAAGCUGGGGUAGCGUGAUUUCCACCCCCCCAAAAAAAAGGGCUCCGUCUUUGCUACCUUUGAUCACUUUUAGAAAUCCAGUUGUAAUCAAUAAAUUUUAACAGUUUAUGGCUUCCUGUAUCAGCACUGGAGUGGUUGGUUGUGAAUAUUAAAACCUACUACCGUUUUCCCUCAAUAAUACGUAAUUGCUGUGUUUUUGGUAAGAAGGUAUGGCUGGAAAAAAUGUGAAACAUCACUUAAACCAAAGCCAGUUAUAAGGAGUAUUCUCUCCUGUUGGUUUACCUUCACCUCAGAACUACAAGAAUAUUACAGCACAUAGUGACUUGCUGUCUGUAACAUUUCUACCAGUUGAUUCUAUAGCAUAUUGGUCUUGGCAUUUCUUGGCACUAUGGUUCUCUGUUCUUGGCGAUGUCUUAUUGUUUGUGAGGAUUUUGAUUUUAAAUAACUAAGUGGGACUAUAAAUGUACAUGUGUGUCAAUACCAAGAAGAUCCUUUCCCAAAGCCCUAAAUUUCUGGUUUCCAUUCAAGUCUUUUAAACUUGUUUUUUUUCUUGCUGAGUAGCAAAGAACUUUUAUUGUCCACUUCCCUAAAUACCUAAAAAGUAUGAACACUGCGUUACAGUUGACUGUAUUGUGUAGUUUUUUGCUGAAAACUUUUCCUGUAAACACAAUUGCCUUGUUCAGUUUAGCUGUAAACUGACUCACCAUAAGAUGCACUGUUGAUACGCUUUCUGAUGUGUGUUUGAUAAAGGUGAUCAAAUAAAGACGAAAAAUAAA